UUUAUGCCUCCAUCAAGCAAUGCAAGGUCUGGAUCAGACUCGAUUGCGCGGUCGCAGUAGUUUGCAACUUCCCCCCUUCCCCGCGGGUUGGCUGGAGAUGAGUGGAAGAUGUCGGUAUCGGGGCUCAAGGCCGAAUUAAAGUUUCUGGAGUCAAUUUUUGACCAAAAUCACGAGCGUUUCAGAAUUAUCGAUUGGAAGCCAGAUGAACUCAGCUGCCAGUUCAAUGUGACCGGGGAAAAGCUCCUGAUAAUACAUUGCAACAUCACGGAAUCCUACCCAGCUACUCCCCCCAUAUGGUUUGUUGACUCUGAGGAUCCGAGCCUGGCUGAGGUGCUGGAGCGUCUGGAUGAUGUGAGGAGGGGAAACACCCUGCUGCUCCAGCAGCUGAAGAGGCUCAUCUGUGACCUGUGCCGCCUCUACAACCUGCCCCAGCACCCUGAUGUGGAGAUGCUGGACCAGCCCCUCCCUGCUGGACCCAUCAGCCAGGAAAAAAAGCAUGGGACCACUGACACCUCAGAAGAGGAGGAGGAAGAUGACAUGGGAGAGCAGGACAUAGAAGACCUUGACCACUACGAGAUGAAGGAGGAGCCAGCAGAGGCCAAGAAGUCUGAGGACGACGGCAUCGAGAUGGAGAACCUAGUCAUUCUGGAGAAGAUCCGCAAGAACCAGAGACAGGACCACUUAAAUGGUGCAGUGUCAGGCUCGGUUCAGGCAUCGGAUCGUCUCAUGAAGGAGCUCAGGGAGAUCUAUCGAUCACCGAGUUUCAAGUCAGGGAUCUAUUCAGUGGAGCUAGCCAAUGACAGCCUGUAUGAGUGGCAUAUCAAGCUGAAAACGGUGGACCCUGAUAGCCCGUUACACAGUGACCUGCAGGUUCUAAAGGAGAAGGAAGGCGUGGACUACAUCCUCCUUAACUUCUCAUAUAAAGAUAAUUUUCCGUUUGAUCCACCGUUUGUGCGGGUUGUGUCCCCCGUUCUCUCCGGAGGUUACGUUCUUGGUGGAGGGGCCUUGUGUAUGGAGCUUCUCACUAAACAGGGCUGGAGUAGUGCCUAUUCCAUAGAGUCUGUCAUCAUGCAGAUCAACGCUACCUUAGUGAAAGGAAAAGCUAGAGUCCAGUUUGGAGCCAAUAAGGUGAAGAACCAGUAUAAUCUUGCCAGAGCACAGCAGUCCUACAAGUCCCUGGUACAGAUUCAUGAAAAGAAUGGCUGGUACACUCCUCCAAAGGAAGAUGGCUAAAGUUAGGGCCUCUAGGAGCACAGGUUUUCAGGUCAAACCUUAUGCUUCUUUUCUUUCAGUUUUGUCUUUCCUCUUUUAUUUUUUUUGUGUCGUAUUUCCCUACUUCACUGACUCUUCACUGGGAGCGAGGGAACCCCCGCUGUCUCUAUGGAAACCAACUUCCAUUGUGUUGGUUGAAAUGGCUGCUGCUCUCUCGUCACCUCUGGCUCAAUGAGGACCAGGCGUUUGGGCAAAGGUCAGAGGUCAGACCUCAUCUCCUCCUCCGCUCCUCCGCCUGGCCAGUAUUCAGUAGCGACUGGGAGAGCAGGAGCUGUGGAGACUGGCCGUCCUCUUCCCUAUCGACGUUUGAGACUUCCCAUUUCCGGUGUGGGGUGGUGGGCUUGGAGUGAUGGCCACUCGGUCAGGAAAGAAGGUCACUGCCACAGCUCUGGAUUCUCUCCUGUCUUUGGGACGGCGGGGUUCACUGAGAACCAACGCUUCGGAUGCUGUGGGGACGCGCUGCAUUGGCCGGCCCCUCCAGAGACACUGGUCUGGUCUUCUCUGAGGCUCGGACUGUGUGUGAAAUGUUCUGGUACAUAUUUUUGACAUUGUUACGGGACUAUUAUAUACUUGUAUUGUACUCUCCAUUGUCUUAAUGAUCAUAGUGUUGACACCAAUCAUGAAGUGGAGAGAGAGAGAGAGAGAGAGAUGGCGUGAUGACUUCAGUUUAUAUUCAGUUGAGUAGCCGAAAGCUCAUCUAUUCUCGCUAGCUUUUAGCAUGUAGCUAAUCCCGCAAAGACACACAAGCACGGGCUUCAGAAAGCCGAGUGUUGCAUUGUACCAUAGCUAAAAAUGACCCCUGCACAUGUGCGUGUGUGUGACAUUAAUCAGAUUUUAAUAGUAAUACUGAGAUGGAAACGUGUGUGUGUGUGUGUGUGUGUGUGUGUGUGUGUGUGUGUGUGUGUGUGUGUGUGUGUGUGUGUGUGUGCGUGUGCGUGCGUACGGAGAAUGACUGGGAACCUGGCUACUCGGCUUCUCAGGAGUAUGCUUCACUCCCGGGAUCUUCAGAGACUUACGGGCCUAGAGGCCGACGUUUGCGUCAGGCCUGGACACAAGCAGAGGAGGGGAGCUAGUUAUGACCCUGUCGGCCCGUCUCGAUGUGUUUGAAUGUGGAAUCUGUCUCAUCCGUAGGCCCAUCUAGAAGUCUCUCCAUCUUGUUCUCUCAUGUUCAUCAAUAAGGGUGGAAGGGUGUGCUGUAUCCUAAUAUUCAUAGUAAUAGGCCAACUCAUCACCACCUUAAACCCUCUCACUGGUGUAGUUCUGUACAGAAAUAUGGUUAAGCCUUAUGUUUUCUGUUUUUGACAAGCAUAUCUGCUUGCUGCACUAAUCUAAUACAUUAGAGUGGAGAGGAGAACUCCAUAACAGGACACUUUUAUCACAGUACAGUGUUAAGAUGCACAUUAUACAAAUAACAAUAACUUGUUACAUUGCUGGGUUAGGUUUGUUUUAGGACAUUAAAACGUACAGCAUGCAUCAUUGUCGUUUGAAUUGCAGUUGGAGAUGGAGAAUCUUGUUGUUCACUGUUGCUUGGAGUUUAAAAGAAAACAAAAGACAAAGACAAAAAAAAAAAAAAAAGUGUGUAGAGAGGGCGCUGUCUUCAGACACCCCUCCAUUUUCUUCUGUGGAACCUCAGGGUCAAGUUUAGCCUUUAAAAAUGAACGCCAUGCAAAGGGGGCUUCCUCCUCUCAGCACGAGCCUGCUGUUGCUGUCCUCACUGGAACCGCACACACACACACACACACACACUCACUCUGGGGCUGUGCUGGCGUCCAUGGUCUCAAAGAUAACUAUACUCUUCAUGCUUAUUCUGUUUUUAUUUCCAAAUAUGCUCUUUGACCGUCACCCCAGGAGUGAGAGGCAUGAUAAGUGCUUUUGUUCCUCUGGAUUGGUAUUUGCACAGUAUGCUAAAAAUGUGCCUCUUAGGUCAAAGUGGAAGAUAAUGUCAUAUCCAAACACUGAAUUUAACCUUGUUGUACCAUAUGAGUUAAGAAUAUAAUGUCUGUUGAGCCGGGUGUGAAAAGCUGUUUAAUAUUUCUUAGUGAGCUCUGGUUGACAUAACAACAUAUCACAUAACCUCAUGGUAAAAACCAGCCACCAAUGGCUGCCGGUUUGACCUUGAACUGUUCCCCAUGAUGAUGACCUCUGAGUCUGAUCCAGGAGGGAUAAGUCUUCUGUGGAACUGACGGUGUAAAGAUGGUGGUUGGUGAAAGUCUUUUUCAAUGUUAGCCAAAACUAGCUGGGCAGCAUAGCCUGGUCUCCUCUCAAAGCUCCCUUUUCAUUGAUCAUAUAAUUCUCACAUUUAAAGAUUGUGCACCAUCACCCUGUUUUAAAGCAUAUCAGCCAACCCCACAGGUAUGUUGGACAUUCUGGGAAAUGGACCAGAUUUCAUCUUCCUCCAUUUUUUCCCCAAAACUUUCAUACAGGUUCUACAGGCUCCUGGGCCGUGGUGGUCAUCUGAAAGCCCUCCUCAGAAAUAUAGGUCCAUUGCUAGCUCGUCUUUAGUAACUGGGCAGUCUCUCUUCUGAAGUCCAUGUAGACCAAUUAUGGAAUUCUGAUCAGGUGCCAUCUAUUGGUAGUUAAGCUGUUAAACUUUACACCGUGGGCAUGUUCUGGGUUUGGCUUGUUUUUUUUUCUUUUCCAUUGCAAGUGAAAUUUUGACCAUGUACAGAAUUUGUAAACUUGUAUCAAGUUUAUGAAUAAAGAAUUUUACGAUGA